UCUGAGCAUCUGAUCUGGCGUGAAGCGAAAGGAAGACGCAGUAGACGAUGUCAAGCAGAUCAGCCACGCAUUAGACGAAAGUGGCUAAAUUGGGGCAUCGCAUGUGUUGCGCGUCUUAAGGUUGUGUUAACCGAUGUAUUUCCACUUCGGCGACGGCUUUUCAAGUUUCCAUGAGACAUUGGUUCCGAGCAGUGGCGAAGCUCUCUAGUAGAAUACCUGACUGCCAUUCAUAAGGCCUGAGGUUGAUUCCUACUCGAAGCAAAUAGGCGAGCAAGAUCCGACAGUUCAAGUCACCAAUGUCAACAUCCGAAAUGCGAAGCUUGGCGAGAAGAUGACCAUCGACACUGCUUUUAAGAUAACGGAACCACUGGACGCUGACCCCGUACUCUACGUGUCUUUCGCACGGCCGGACGGCACGGAGCUCCGGUGCCCCGAUUACAUAUCGCACUGCGAACUGAAGUUAUGCGAAGGCACCAAAAUCGACGAACUCCAACUCAGCCGAGAGUGGCACAACAAGUGUCCUAUUCCAGCCGGCGACUACACCACUCGCGUUUCUGUGCGCCUGCUCGACAUGGAAAGUUCCGAGGAGUUCAUAGGGGACGGCCGCGUCGUGGUCACGUUCAUCAUUGAAAACGGAGGGGAAAUUGUCGAUUGCGUAUACUUCACUGUUGACGUGGAAGAAUAAGUGAACCUUUGUGCCCCACAGGUACCACGACCCCGUAGUUUAGUUUUAUAGCUGUUACAGUGACGUUUUUGUUGACAUAUGAUUAAAUCAGCGGUGGAAGCCCAGCAUACCGCGAGCCCACAAAUCACUUGCUUACAAUAGCUGUGUCACAUCUUGAUUCACUAAGCCACGAUCGCUGAAGUACAAGCGUCACAGUGUUGAGCAACACUGCGCAGCUGCGUGAUAAAUCAUGAGCAUGGCGACUGCAGCUACUACAUAUCCGAAUGAUUUUUGACGCUACUGAAGCACGCAAUAAAGAGGAUGCUUACGUGUCCGCA